GAGAAAAAAAAUGAAAAGAAGCAAAAACAAAAAUAAUCCCUCUCUCCUUCUCUCUCCUUUCUCUUCUUCUCUCUUACCCUUUCCUUUUCCUCUAUCUUUCUCCGGCCGGUAGACCCACCAGCACAAACAUUCUCCGCCACCACCUUCCCUUUUUCUCUCUUCGUUGCGCCCCCGAUUCACCAUCGCCGCCAACGCCGGCCUCCUCUCCCCCCCUUUCCUUUCUCUCUUCCAGCAGCGGCCACAGCUCACAAUCACUACCGACCUUGCUUCUUGACGCCGGCAUCAGCAGCGUUGUCACCAUUCAUCCAUCUCACCAGGGUUCCUCCUCGUCCGAUCUCUGUCUCACCUCGGUUUUCUCUCGUCAACGGCAACCUCCACAACGCCUGAAAACAGCAGCCACCUCGGGCUGCCGUAAGAACAGAUAAUAACAACAACCAACCGCCACGAGUAGCAGCUUUGGAAGCCGUCCAAGCCGCCUACUCUUCAUCCUCUUCGAUCUCCCUCUAGGUAGCGGUGGGUUGCACCGCUGACAGAAUCAAGAAGAAUACAACGACCCUCUCCAGCUUCAUCCAACACGCCUCGAAGCAGCAUCGCCUCGUGGGACCAGACGUACCAGGCAUCGACGCGUGACUGGCACGCGCCGUCACCACUGUAGAGGCAGAAUCUUCAACAGAGGUUUCAGCGAUUGAAUUGGUGGGAUAGAGAAGAGGGAAAACAAAAAGAAAUGGAGGAGGAGGCUAACUCUUGGAUAAGGAGGACUAAUUUCUCUCACACAGUAUGUCACCGUUUGGAUUCUUCAAGGUUGGCUUCUUUUCCUAUCAAUAUUCGGACAGAGAGAAUUGUGGGCUUGAAAUCCAGGCCUGGAACAGGAACUGCUUCUCCCAAGCAGAAAUCACAGCAAUCCUUUUUUAAUCAAAACUCUCAACACUCCUUUCCCAAUCAGAAAUCACUUUCCUUUCCCAGUCAGAAAUCAUCAGUGUCUAAUAAUUCUCAGAUUCAGAGAAAUCCACUCACCAAUAAGCAAAGGUCUUUAUCUCCUCUCCCUAAAACAAUCCUUCCUGAUACUUUUAAAGAAGCAAGGUCUGUUAAUAAGAGAUUCUCGACGCCACUUCCUCGUAGAAAAGAUCAAAACAUGGGAAUUAUAGGAAAAUUUUUGCAUAAAGAGUUAAAAGAAACCAAGGAGAAGCUCAAUACAAGCCCACUUAGGCACUUAGCCUUGAUGAAGGGUGGUCAUGAAAAGUCUAGGAGCAAGAAGGACUCUGCUUGGACAAAGUAUUUUGAUCAUGGUGGAGGAAAGGUUAAUGCUGUGGAAGCAGCUGACGAAUGCAGUGUUGAUCUGUCUAAGCUGUUUCUCGGGCUUAGAUUUGCUCAUGGGGCACACAGUAGGCUUUACCAUGGUUUAUAUAAAGAUGAACCUGUUGCAGUUAAACUUAUUAGGGUACCAGAUGAUGAUGAAAAUGGAAACCUAGCAAUUCGAUUAGAGAAUCAAUUCAACAGAGAAGUCAUGCUUCUAUCUCACCUUCACCAUCCAAAUGUCAUUAAGUUUGUAGCAGCAUGCAGAAAGCCUCCAGUUUAUUGUGUUAUAACAGAAUAUUUAUCCGAGGGUUCCUUGAGAGCAUACUUGCACAAGCUUGAGCAUAAAAGUCUCUCCUUAGGGAAAUUAAUGACAAUUGCUCUGGACAUUGCUCGUGGAAUGGAAUACAUUCACUCUCAAGGUGUCAUUCAUAGGGACCUUAAACCAGAGAAUGUCCUUAUUGAUCAAGAGUUCCACUUAAAGAUUGCUGAUUUUGGUAUAGCUUGUGGAGAUGCAUAUUGUGAUUCCUUGGCUGAUGACCCUGGCACUUAUAGAUGGAUGGCACCUGAGAUGAUAAAAAAGAAAUCCUAUGGGCGAAAAGUUGAUGUGUACAGCUUUGGACUCAUCUUAUGGGAAAUGGUGGCUGGAACAAUUCCCUAUGAGGAUAUGACUCCCAUCCAAGCUGCCUUUGCAGUAGUGAAUAAGCGGAGGAUUUUGGACCAAAGCUGUUUUCGUUCUCUUUGUGUAAGGAAUGUGAAAUCUAGCGACAUAUUCAUCACCCUUGGUAUCUGCAUAAGUACUAGAUUAAUGAAUUCAAGACCUGUUAUCCCGAGGGACUGUCCUGCUGCCAUGGGAGCUCUAAUUGAGCAAUGCUGGUCAUUGCAGCCAGAUAAGAGGCCAGAGUUUUGGCAGAUUGUAAAGGUAUUGGAGCAAUUUGAAUCUUCUCUUGCUCAUGACGGAACCUUGAAUCUGGCACCGAACCCAACUUGCCAGGAUCAUAAGAAAGGAAUGCUCCAUUGGAUUCAAAAGCUUGGUACUGUGAAUCCUAAUAGCACACCAAUGCCUAAACCUAAAUUCACAUGAAUCUUUUUUUAUGGCUUGGCUUUUGUGAUGUACCCAGGUCACUUGUAAUUAAAAAGGGUUUUUUUUUAAGCCCCUUUAUUUGUACUCUUCUCAUGCGAGGGUCAAUUUAAGAGAUUGGUAGGCGUACUCUCACGUGAAAUGUCAUCUUUUUACAAAUAUACACAAGAAAUCAUCAUAAUUUGGGGUGUUCAAA